GAAUAUUAUGGUGUUGCUUAACAAUAGAUAUAUGUAUUAUGAGAGGGAUUUCUUGGGGGAAGGGUCUUAUGGAAAGUUGUAUAAGGGAAAGGAUACAAAAACCUAAGAAGAAAUAGCUGUAAAAAGUAUCCAUAUAUCGUUAUUGGAAAAGUUUUUGAUCUUUCAAAGAUGGAGGGAGUCGAGUUAGAAUUGCUAGAAACAGAGAUUGCCACCAUGAAGGAAUUGUAGCACCCCAAUAUAGCUAAAAUUAUAGACAGCUUUAAGUUACCUCCUAAAAAUAUGGUAAUAUAUAAAUAAGAAACAUAGAUUAUAAUUUUAGAAUUGUGUGAUGGCGAUUUGAACAAAUAGAUGAAAAAAUACGGCGGAAAAUUGCCAGAAUCAGUUGCUUAGGCUGCUUUAACUUAAUUGAUGGAAGGAUUUAAAUAUAUGAUAAACAAAAAUUAUAUUCAUAGAGAUGUUAAACCUGCUAAUGCAUUGACAAAAGGAUCGGUCUAUAAAGUUUCAGAUUUUGGAUUUGCUGGAAAGGUUAACGUUAGAGCCAAAUAAAAACUGGAUUUAUUUUGUGGAACUCCUAUUUAUGAGGCCCCUCAAAUCUUAGCAAUGAUUCCUUACACUGCCAAAUGUGACUUAUAUUCAAUUGGAGUUAUGGCAUAUGAACUAGUUUACGGAUAGUUUCCCUGGUCCAACAGAGCAGGAGAUGAAUAACUCUUGAAAAACAUCAAAAAUGUCCCAUUAAGAUUUCCUGUAGAUAUCAAGGUUUCUGAAUAAUAUAAAGACUUCCUAAGGGGAUGCUUAGAAUAUGAUGAAAAUAAACGUAUUGAAUGGGACGAAGCUUUUAAUCAUCCAUUGUUUAAGGUUUAGGAAAGUUAGAAAUAAUAUGUAUUAAAGCCUUAAAUAACAAUAGGAUUCUUUUAAAGUGCCACAAAAUGUCAAGGAAUUACUAGGGCAAUUGCAAAAGAUGUCUUAAGCUCGAGAUAUUAAUGUACUUGAGUUAUUUGAAAAAUAUGAUGCUGAUAGAAGUCUUUAAUUGGAUAGAAACGAAUUCUAUUUAUUCGUAUUAUAACUUUAUCCCAGACUGACUAGAGACCAAACAACUUUGAUUUUUAAGGUUAUGGAUAAAAAUGGUGAUGAUUUGAUAUCACUUGAUGAAUUUAAGGAAAUCUUUUGCAACUACGAGUUCAUCAACAUUUCUGAUAGGGCUGAAAGGAUCAUUAUUGAUUUAAGAGAAGUUGUUAAAGCCAGAAAACUAAAUUUGGAUUAAUUUUUUAGAAGCUUUGAUUAACAAAGCGAUGGAAAACUUAAUCAACAAGAAUUCACAUAAUUUAUUAAAUAAUUAGCUCCAGGUUUGAAAUAAGAUGAGAUUGAGGAAGUAUUCAAGAAGUUUGACAAAAACAAUGAUAAAGAAAUUAGCUUUGCUGAAUUUAAAGAGUAAUUAGUUGCUGGUACUCUAUUCGAUUCAAAGUUUGACCCAGAGUAAGAAAGAGCAAUGGUAAUUAUGAUCAUUUUAUUAUAGAAACUAAUAAGUGAUUUAAAGAGAAUAGUCAAAACUAGUGGAAGUAAUCCAUAAUAGAUUUUUAAUAACUUUGAUAAGAAUAGAAGUGGUAAAUUAGAAUUCAAUGAAUUCUAAAACAUUUGUAAAAUAAUUGAUAGGAACAGUACACUUGAAGUUGAGAAAGCCAUGUUUUAAUUAGUAAACAAGUCGAAUAGUCAAGGAGUUUUAUUUUAAGAUUUUCAGUAAAUAUUUUAAUGAUACAUUAUCAUAAGUAUUUACAAUUAUACAAAAU